UUUGUGACACUGGUAUUUAGCUGACUAAUGCGGAUUAUUAUUACUAAGUGAUCUUGGGGGGUUUGAUUUCAAGAACAAAAUCUUAGAGCAUUGUUCAAAAACACUGUUAAGAACAAAAUGACCUCGGCUUUCAUUUCUGUUUAAAUGUCUUGAAGGGUUAUACGAUACUUUCCAAGGUUCCUAAUAGUACUAUAGCGAUCUAAAAUGCGAAAUUUCCUUUUUUGAUCAAAAUUUUUUUUAAGUUUCUUUCUGCGACAAAUUGAUCUAAAGCAGGCAUUAUGCCAAAAUACAAGCUGACCUAUUUUGACCUCAGAGGAAGAGCUGAGCCCACAAGAUUGCUCUUUAUCGUGGCGGGAGUUCAGUUUGAAGAUGAACGGAUCGGACAAGAGCAAUGGAAAGCCAUCAAGCAUAAGGUCCCAGGGAAUUCGCUGCCUUUUUUGUCUGUUGAUGGUGUGGUUGUAUCACAGAGUAUGACAAUCAACAGGCACUUAGCAAGGAUAUUUGGUUUAGAUGGCGAGUCGUUGUCUCAGAAACUAAAAGUAGACGAAAUAGUUGAAUACCUUGUUGCAAUGAAAAACAAGAUGGUGGAAUUACCGAUGAUGAGUGAUGACCCAAGAACUCAGGCAAGGGCUGAGGAAAUCCUAAAAUCUUUCAAAGAGUUAAUGAUGAAAGCCUGCACUUUCAUCGAAGCACAGAUUCAACGGAACAUGAAGGAAGGAAAUGGAUUUGCUGUUGGAAAUCGAUUGACUUUUGCUGACAUCAUGAUUUUUGAAGCAUUUGAGAAUAUUCUAGCGACCAAUAUCAACGCUCUUGAUAAAUGUGUUGGAAUAGUGAAGUGUCGUUCUAAAGUGGCCAAUAUGCCUCGCAUCAAAGACUACCUCUCCAAAAGAAAAUACACCAGUUUCUGAUGUAAUGGAGGCUGUGAUUCCACGUUUCCUAAAAUAUUCUUGCGUGUUUGAUGAUUAAUAUCCUUAGAUGUGACGAAUUAAUGAUGGGCAGAAAAACAAGUUUUAACAAUAUUAACAUUUUCGAGGUUUCACUGUCCGAGAUAACACUUCAAGUUCAUCUUCAAAGAACAAGGAGGGAACUAAAUCACUUGAUUCACCUCGUAAACAAAACCGACUAAAAUCAAACUAAAUGUGUUAAUUAACCACAAGUUUGCAUUUAAAGCAUGUAAAUUUAGUAUGAAUAAUAAACAUGCACCUUUCAAAACACACG